AUAUUCUAUCAUCCGCUACUAAACAGGAAAACCCUAACACUCAUCUCUCUCUAUAUAUAUCCAACACAAUUACAAAGAUUUCAUUAUCAUCAGUCACUCGGUACUAAAAAUAAAUUCAGACAAAUCAUCAAAUUCAUAUUAGGUCAAGAAAAACAUGAAUGCAAAGCAUGUUAGUGUCGAGAAAAGAAACAUUCCAGCUCUUCAAGGUAUGCUAUCAAGAAAUUCUUCUGUUUGUUAUUCGUCGCGAUUUUUCUACUGUCGAAAUGUGGCGGAAGGAGUGCCGUUUCAAUGGGAAAUGCAGCCCGGAACUCCGAAAGAUCCGCCCAAAUCGGAGAUUCUGCCACCACUUAGUCCUCCUCCUGCUGUUGUUAGCUUAGGGUUUCCAAAACCAUGUAUUCAUGACAUGGAUCAAGAAGAGCAUUUUAAAUUCUCUAUAAAAUCAAAGCUCAAGUUUUUGAAAUUUAUAAAGAAGAAUUUUCGGAGAAACAAGAAAGGUCAGGAAAUAAUAUUUAAUAAAAAUGGAAUUGAUGAUCAUAAUAGUAAGUUUGAAAGCUUUGAGUUUUCUAGUUCUAAUGAUGGUGAUUUUAUGGGGUCAUCACGAAAUUCGAGUUUUUCUUCUUCUUCGUCAUCAUCAAGUUCAUCGGCAUUAUCUUUAUCUAAAAGUAAUUCAAAAGAUUCAAUAGUACAUGAAAUUAAUGGGUGUAGUCCUUGGAAUUUUAAUUCAAUUCUUGUAUUUGUUGCAAAGAGAGUUUGAUGUAUUAAUAAUUAGUAUUUCGUGUUGUGUACAUAAAUAAUUGAAUUGAACUUUAUAGUAAUGACAUGUUUUGAUCAAAUUCUUCUUAA